AUGCUACGAAAAUUGGAAUUGACCCCGGGAAGGGGGAGUCACCCACGCUCUUCGAAAGCAAAUAGGACACCCCGACGGACCCCCAGAGAAGCUGCCCGAAGCCUGAGCCGAGAGACUGCUGAACAGAAGAAGAGGAACGUGCUUUGCUUUCUCGUGAUCUGUAAAAGCAUCUCAGCAACUUUGCUCCAAGUCCGUGGGCCAAGGGAGCUUAGUGGUGCUGUUGAUCUUGUAAGUCGGUAUAACUUGCUGGUUCACCAUGACUUCUUCUGCAAGAAACAUCUUCCGAUGUCCAUCUUAGACAGUCACUAUCUUCAUACUGUGGUGGGAGGUACUGAAAUUAGAAAAGGAGAAGGAAUGCUGUUGGGCCAACUUAUUCAGAAUACAUCGUAUAACAGAGAAACUAAUGUCCACUUGCAGCCAUUUGACCUGGAUAUUCUUACGGAUGCUUUCGACCUGAGAGAAACCACUCCUGUUGAAUUGCCUGAGAAUGAAAAAGGGGUUCCUACAAUUUUUGGGAAAUCAAAGGGUGAAGCCAAAGACAAAGACAAAGAAAAAGAGAAGAAGCAUAAAAAGCGCAAAGAUAGAGAAAAGGAUAAGAAUAAAGAGAAUAAGAAGCUCAAGCACCGCCAUAAAGAUAAAGAUAAGGAAACAAAGAAGGAUAGAAGUAGCAUCAUGAUUCACUCAAAAAAGCACCAUGAAAAAAAGGGUUGGAAGUUUGUUACCUCUUUUGAAGCUAUUGCUUGAUCAGGUCAUUUGGCCUCAAGUAUUGUGGAAGGAUUGUUAAGCUCAUGGAUAUAAAAGUUUAUGAUGCUGUGCAAGGACGCAAAAUCAGCCAGCUAAUUUAUCAGUUAUUUGUUCAAGAAUGACAUUGUUUCUUUGAAGUUAUGCAUGAAGCAUUUGCUUUCGACCAUUAAAAAUAAAAUUUUCUGUUGCCAGUAAUAAA